CGCGCAGCACCUUGAAAUUCGCGAUUCGAAGCGCUCGUCGGUGAAGCGUCAUCGUCAACUCCGCCGCCUUUUUAGCAAUUUUACAAGGGUUUUAUCGUUGAGAUCGAGCUUGUUUUGAAGCUCGCGUUCCUUUUACCCAUUUGUCUUCUCGUUUUGCGGCUGAGAUGGCCGAACAGGGCACCGGCGGCCACGGAAACGGCGGCCAAACUGACGGCGGCGGCCACCAAGGCUUGGAUGAAAAAUCCGCAGCCGCCAUCUGCAGCAACAGGCCUGCUGAGGUUGAAUUCUACUACCGAGUGACCAUUUCCAAGCUUCCACUGGAAUUAUCCGAGGAUGAGAUCUUGAAGUUGGUCCAUUCCGUUUCACCGACUUGGCCUCGGUUCCAGAAGUUCAUGGUGGUCAAUCGAGGUGGCAGAUACGAAGGAGCAGACAUGACUAAUUCUACCAAAAUCCUAACUCUUGAAUUUGACCAGGAGGAGUCGGCUAAUGCGUUGUUUGAGAAGCUGCAUGAAACAGCUCCAUACUUCUUUGAAGUCAAGGUGAGCAAGAGAGACCCGAGGUUCGUCUACAAACCUAAAAGAGGUGGAUACAAUAACAACUCUAACCGCGGAGGAUACGGCAACUCUCAAGCUCUGCAUUUCAAUGGGAAUCUCAAGCAAAAUGGAUUCCGAGACAACUACAACAGCAAUUUUAGAGGAGGUUAUGCUCGCUCUCCUGUUCAAAUGAAGUACUUCAGACCUCGUGAACCUCCACUUCUGAUGACUCCUGAAGAGAGUGCUGAGCCAGCCUACAACGGUUCUUCUCACAUGUUCCCUCAGUUUCCUGGUCACUUCGCUGCUGGAUUUGCCAUGGGAGGCUCCACUCUGGUCAGCAUGAGUGUUGGUCAAAACUGUGCUGGCUGUGGAUCAGUCACCCAAUCCAACUGUGCCGUCUGCUUCACUCCAUUCUGCACGCCCUACUGCAUGGCCAAGCUGACUAACCCCACUCACCCUUUCGAGUGUCACACCCUGCUUGUCAACACUUGUAGUCCUGCGGAUGAGAUGCAGAACAUACCAAGCUAUGAUUCUUGGAACCAACAGUGCCAGACUAUUGAUGAUCAGAACAGGCGAGGUGGCUUCAGCAACCGCCGUCCUCUCGAGGGCAACUACCGUCACAACUACGCUGACCAGCAACAGAGAAACCCUUGCCCAUCGGUGACCUGUAACAAUGAGAGUGAAACUUCCUUGGAGGACAGUUUGAAGAACCUGAAUCUGCAAGGAACCAUGAAGACUCCUCCUCCAAAAGUCGUGGAAAAGCAAGCUAGUCCUCCUGUGGAUGAGACCCAGAACACACCAAAUGGUGCUUCAAGGAACCAGCAGUGUCAGACCACUAGACCUCCUAAAGUGGAGGUUAAGAAUCAGCAACCAGCAGUGGCUUGUCCUCCGCAGGCUGCCAAGCAGUUGGUGGAGAAAGGGCCUGCCAAGAAUUUAAGCUGGUCACCGCAGGCACAGCUGCAGGUCACUCCACCCAAGUUCGUUGUGCCACCUGGCACUCCUGAGCAGACUUUUGUCAGACACACUGCUCCUCCGUUGAUGUUCAACAAGAUGGUGCCACCACCUGUGCAAACUGCUCCGAUGGGCCCCAUGAUGCCAAGCCCCUCGAUGAUGGCUCCCCUGAUGCCUCCAGGACCUUUCAACUACGUGUUGGUGCCGAGCAACCAUCAAAUGCUGCUGCAGCAGCAGCAGGUGCAGCACUACUUUGAUCCACUGAUGCAGCAAUUCUACAUACCCGAUCAGUUUGAUCUGCAGAACCAGCAGCAGCAGCCUACUGGGCCCCUGAUGACUCAGCAUCCCUUCUUUUUGACCAACUACCAGGGCUACAUGUAGACCUUGGUCUGGAUUCUAUUUAUUUCUACAAAAUUAAUUUCAAAGUUAAAAAAUGAAAAGUUUAUUGGAGAGUCUGAUUGAAUUUUAGACAAAAUUGCAAUUUUGUACUCCACACAGAACCUUUUCUUGAGGAUGCUGAAAUUGGCAAAAAGACUCUCUAUUUUGUAUUUUUACAGCUCUAAUAAACAUUUUCAUUCAAAAUGAA